CGCGAUGUCCAUUUCGGUCCUAUGAACUAUUUGAGAUGUAAUAAUAAGUAGUAUAAAUUAUAAAUCAUAGCCAAACAACGUUAACAGGUAGUUAAACCUCCAGAGUUGUUUAUUCAUCAAUAGUUAGAUACACUACAAACAAAUAUAAGCUGCUUAUUCAAUCAACGAUUAAUUUGAUCGCGCAAAAAACAUGGCCAAAUUAUCGUUGAAAAAUUGUAUCGACGAGUCCAUAAAAUUUUACAACAAAUCUUCAUACGAAAAUGAAACAUUUGUGUACGAUAGUCGGAAGCGCCGAUAUUCGAUGACUUUUUGGAAGUAUGAUCCCGACUGCGUGAACAGAAUCCGUUACUACAGACAACAGAUUCUGGCUUAUUACUUUGGAUACGGUGGAAACAAUCACUACGAUGAAGACGAGUACGUCUAUGUUCAAUAUGGCGGAGUGCUGGGAACUUCGAACCAUUUCACAGUGUCUGAACGGAUGCCGCUCGAGUAUUGUCUCGAAAGAUUUGACAAUUCUGUUGUAGGAAAAAGAUAUGAAAAUUUCAAGUCUCUGGAUUCGUUUGAAGGAAAAGAAACUGACGUGGAGAUGCCGUACGCUACUCAGUUGUUGAUCCAAUGUAUUUUUCAAAUAAAAAUUGGUGAAAUUUACAACAAUGGAUGGUACAAACAUUUGUUCAAUAAUUAUAACAUUUACUACGCAUAG